GCGCGGCGUCACACUCAGUCUUGCGCUAGCCACCGACCAGCGCGCACGUCCGCGCGCUCCAGCUCGCACAAUCAGCUGAUCGGCGCGCGCCCCGCGGCGCACAUGCCGUGAGGCCGCGCCCGCCGAGAUGACGGGCUACGCCCGCGGCGAGGCCGAUUUCGCCGCCGCCGACCGUUUUGGCAGGGACGCGCGACCCGCCUCGCUCGCGCCCAAGGAUUACUCGGUGCCUUUACACGUAGACUGCAGUAUCGAAUACGAGCUUCCCGACUGUGCCAAGCCACCGCAGGGCGUCAAGAUUGAGCCGCUGCUGAUGAUCCACCCCUCACAUUUCCGGAGGCUCGAGAGCCUCCGGCGAGUGCCGUUCGUGAACAACCUCCCACGCGGCGACGUGGCGAGUGCUGCGGGAGUGGCCGCGACGGCCACCGCAGCCGCGCCGGAUGCCCGGGCCCGAGCGCGGACCGUGCGACGCUGUUGCCGAGCGGCACCGGCUCCACCGGCACCGCCGCCCGCGCCCGUGGCGGCUCAGCGGGCUCGUCUACCCGAGGAUACGAGACGUUACCGGCCCGAGUAUGUGGCCGAAGGUGGUGGCAAACUAGCGAGGGCGCGUCUCAAGGCGCACCCUUACCUGCCACCCGAGUUGGACUGUGAUAUCGCGCGGCUGCCGCCCGCCGCGCACUACGAGCGCUUCGACAAGCGCGCGCUGCAGCAGCUGCCGAUCUACAUGUAGCCGGGGCCGGUGUCUGUGAUGUUUCUUUGUAAUUAGUUAGUGAUAAGUGCCGCGCCGCGCCCGGACCCGAUACCAAAUAGUACCUAUGUGCGUCGAUAUUGUUUGAACGUUGAUUUGUGUGUUCUCGCGCCGGACGAUGUCUCGGGACGUGCUCCCGACACGACUACUAUUUAUUCGCAGUCGCAUUAACCGAUGCUUCAUGGUAAAUUAUUGUACCGUCGCUGAUCUGUUGCGUAUUCCUGUAUAAGAUAUUAUCAUAUCGAUAAUUAUAUGUUCAAAAAUUGUAUUAUAAUAAAGUAUGUACCUAUAGAAUAAAAAAAUGAAAGUGAGAAAAAAUAUUACGAAUAAUACUAGUAAUAGUUAUGUUUUCGUUAGGCGACGAGUUCUAGACGGUCUCGAGUGGUGAACUAGAAACGUAUUCUACUCUCAUUUUGUAAGCAGUUAUGUUUGUUAAAAUUAUAUAUAAAGAGUCCUCUGAUGAAUAGUCUGAUUAACAAAUAUUCGGCAUGUAAAAGUCUUUAUAAAACGCUUACUUAGCAUAUCAUAGUAUUAUAUUGUGUCAUAGUCCAAUGCCAAAAAUAUAACUAUCUUUUUACAAAAAUCCCUAAA